GAUUAUCUCUACUCUCUAGUUAAGUGUGAUUCUGAAUGAAGGAGGGACAGGAUUCACAAAAUUAAGGUUGAGACUUGGGUGUCGUUGUGGGAGUUGGGAGAGUGGUCGAAUGGGUUGUUAACACGUAUUAACAAGUCGGUUGGGUCCACUGUUUGGUCCGGUAAACCGCGGUCUAGACCAGCCUAGACCAAGAGAUCAAAACAUAAAAUAAUACAGAUCAUUGACCAGACCAGACCAGACUAUACUUAACAGUCUACGAUCCAGAUGAAACUGUGCGGUACAGUUUGGAUCACGGUUUUUCUAACGUUCUGGUCUAUUUUCCCAGCCCUACACUUCACACCAAUAGCUAACCAAAUGAAGACAAAUAAGUAAUCAACCUUUGUGCUUAAUUGAUUUCUCGCUUAUUAGCGUCGUUAACACGUAUGAACUGAUCAUUAAUCGCUAUGCUUUAAUUGACUUCAAACUCGUAUUAAUUAACUACUAAUCAUCCCCCAUACUGACCUUAAAUUCCACACCCAUUCUCCCUCCGGGGCCGGAGGAAUCCAAUGGCCGUUCCACUAACACUCCCUAAAGCGACAUUUUGAAAGGCCGUGAGACUAUCAUUAACCCAUUCAUCCACACAAACACAGCAACCCGUGGGAGCGUGUUUUGGGUUUUGUCGUGUGUCCCUUUUAGGACAUGCCUGCAAGCUGCAAUCAUGAUGUCUCUCUCUAUCCCUCCCUUCCUCUUUCUCUUCAGUGCAGAAUCCUGAAUUCCCGAAACUACCCCCCAAAGACCCACCACGAUCAAACCUCGUUGGCUGUAGGGCUGCAAAUGAGCCAAGCCGCUCGCGAGCAACUCGGCGUUCGAAUCGGAAAAAACUCGUUCGACACUCGACUCGUUAUUUAACAAGCCGGCUCGCGAGCCAACUCGUUAGUUAACGAGCCAAGCCUGAGCUAGACCAUGCUCAGCUUGAUAAGCUCGCGAGCUAGCUUGAUUCGGUGGCUUGUCGAGCUAAGCUCGCGAGCUGCCUUGUUUUGAGCUUGUGGAAGGAUGAAUUACUCUUUUAAACAUGAACAUUGUCUUAUAAUACAGAUGUGUAUGAAAUUUAGAUGUUAUUUCUAGUUUCUAGUGUUCUUUCUAUCAUUUAAAUUCUUAUGUUUAUACAUUUUUCCAGCAAAAAUGAUUUUAAAUCGAGCUCAUCUUGAGCCGAGCUUGUACUCAGCUUAACAAGCUAUGUUAAUGAGCAUUUAUCGAGCUCUACCGAGUCGAGCUCGAGCUAGAUUAUUUUUAUUCAAGCCGAGCUCGAGCUCGAGCUGGAUUAUCAAAAUUCGAGUUCGAGCCGAGCUCGAGCUGAAAAAUUAAUAAACGAGCCGAGCUCAAGCUAAGCAAAAACUCGACUCGACUCGGCUCGUUUGCAGCCCUAGUUGGCUGUAGACGUAGCCCGUAGGACUGGGUUUGAUUAUGGGGCGUUAAUCAAUGGACAUUAAGAUAAGAUUAAACAAGAAGUGUAAGAAGAAAGCAAACUGUAUAACGAUCUUAAAGCAUUCAUGCACAUGGCCUAGCUGUCUUGUCUCUCCCCACUGGUCUGGACGAAAAUCAAAAUAUAUGUGUCAGUGCGCUUGCUGGCCGAUGCAGCAAGGUUCUUGGGUUUGGUCAAACUUCCCCCACGAUUCAGAAUUAAUGGAUUAGCUAAGCUAACUGAGAUUACAACUUGAAAAAAAGAUUCUGGAAUUUAGCAUUGAGUGCGGUUCAAGCCAAUCCGACCCACAUGGGGUUUCUUGCAUUUGCAUGUGUUUGUGUUGAGAUUUUAAGAUACUGAUCAAUUCGAUUAAUACGCUAAGAGAGAUUAAUCUCAAAGUUAAAGCGUUUUAACAUUAUUGAAUCUCGCGAUAUAGCGAUCUGAGUUUUAGAUGUAUACGAUGAUGUUUGUUUUAUAAAUGCACGAUUCGAUAACAUCAACACGCGCGUAAGGCGUAACAUACGGCACUGUCAGCAUAUGCUAGCAGAAUCAGAGACCUAGAGGCAAGAUUGCUUUGCUUUUAGGGUUUGUCCAAAUGUGUCAUUAAUUUACCCCACGCAUACUGUCGGCUCGACUGACUGACUGUCUCGGAUCGCUUUUUCAUUUGCCAGGGAGAGUAACACAAAUAAAGACAAGCAAAGGGUAAAUGAUACUUACUAGUUACUAGUAAUCAAGUUUCAAAACCGGAAAGAAGAAAAAGAAGGGCUUUCCGUUUUGGUUGGUUGGGGGUUUUCGUUUCUGGGUAUUGUACAAUUUGUGGAAAAGGUAGCGACUUUGGCUAACUAAUCAUAAUAGUGGGUUUCAUUCAUUCACCUGUUCUUUCGCGGGUAUCUGAGUGAGUGGUUAUGGUCCCCUGGGUCCAUUAAAUACAAUACAGCUCUCAUUUUUGGAAUCAUUACUGUGUAUUAAGUAUUUCUUUCCCCUUUCUCGGCCUUCCUUUUCUUCUUCCCUCUGCCAUUCUUCUUCCGGGAGGAGGAGAGUGGGAAAACAUUUUGAAGGGUUGACCUAAAAUUUGGUUCCCCAUCUCCAACCUGGUUCAAAGACCCCAACUUUGGUUCUGGGCUGUGGUCUGUGGAGUUUUCUCUUGAGUUUCUUUUGGGGGGGGGGAGCAAACGGACAAGCGGGUUCAUUUCUUCCGUUUUCCAAGUUCCAGACUUUUUCUCCUUUCUCGUUUUUCUAUGCGUCCAAGGCUGGCGAUAGUUAUUGGCCGGCAGAAACGAGAGGUGGAGUGAAGCUGGUACAUUCUUGACGCUUAGUCCACAAUCCGACGGUCUGCCGGACGGACGGGGGGGCUGUUGCCGUGAGUGGAGUGGGAAUAUCUUCCUCUAAACUCUUUGGCUCAGAAAACUUUCCCUAGAUUUGCAGUAGGUUUUUGUGCAUUGCUUAGCUUCUUUGAGGUAUCGGCCUGCCGCAAUUGUUGCCUUGGUAUUGGAGGAAAGGUAUCAACUUGUUUCUUCCCUGCAUUGCUCUGAGAGAUGGCUUGCAUGAAGCUGGGAUCUAAGAGUGAUGCGUUUCAGCGGCAGGGCCAGGCCUGGUUCUGCACGUCCGGCCUUCCAAGUGACAUAACUGUAGAAGUUGGGGAGAUGUCCUUCCAUCUUCACAAGUUUCCAUUGCUUUCUAGAAGUGGAGUUAUGGAGAAAUUGAUUGCAGAAGCUUCAGAAGAAGAAGACGAGAAUAGCAUCAUUCGCCUCCCAGAAGUCCCUGGUGGGGCUAAAACCUUUGAGCUUGUCGCCAAGUUCUGCUACGGUGUAAAGCUCGAGCUUACAGCCUCAAAUGUCGUGCACCUACGCUGUGCUGCUGAUCACCUCGAGAUGACCGAAGAUUAUGGAGAAGGCAAUCUGAUUACACAGACAGAGACAUUUCUAAACCAUGUGGUGCUUCGCAAUUGGAAAGACUCACUCAAGGCUCUCCAAACUUGUGAUGAUGACAUUCUUCCCUAUGCCGACAAACUAAACAUCACAAAGAGGUGCAUUGAUUCACUAGCCUCAAAAGCCAGUACAGAUCCCAACCUUUUUGGGUGGCCAAUGGUGGAGCAUGGUCCUAUGCAGAGCCCCGGGGGAAGUGUGUUGUGGAAUGGGAUAAGCACAGGAGCUAGGCCAAAAAACUCGAGUUCAGAUUGGUGGUAUGAGGAUGCGUCCACUCUGAACUUGUCUCUCUACAAGAGGCUGAUUUCUGCUAUGGAGUCUCGUGGUAUCCGGCAUGAAAUAAUUGCUGGAUCCCUUGCCUCCUAUGCAAAAAUGUACCUACCUGGUCUCAAUAGGCGUGGUCAAGGUGCUGCCUCUACUGACUCUAGCUCGCGGUUGGUAGCUUUGGGAGCUCCAGCUUCAGAAGAAGAGCAGAGGAAUUUACUGGAAGAGAUCGAAAGAUUGCUACCAAUGCAGAAGGGUCUAGUGUCCACCAAAUUUCUCUUCGGUCUACUCAAAACAGCAAUGAUUCUGAAGGCAGACAGUUCGUGUUUAUCGAGUUUAGAGAAGAGGAUAGGCAUGCAGCUUGAUCAAGCAACUCUAGAAAAUCUUCUGAUGCCUAAUUUCUCCCACUCCAUGGAGACACUUUACAAUGUCGAUUGUGUGCAGCGGAUUGUGGAGCAUUUCCUCGCCAUGGACCAGAUGAUUAGUGGUGGUGGUGCUUCUCCUGGUGGUUCGGUUGAUGACAGUCAGUUGAUUAUCGGAUCGCCAUCUUUGACCCCAAUCACAAUGGUGGCGAAGUUGAUCGAUGGGUACCUUGCAGAGGUUGCUCCUGAUGUUAAUUUGAAGCUCCCGAAGUUUCAGGCACUUGCUGCAGCUGUUCCUGAAUAUGCCAGGCCCCUCGAUGACGGCCUCUAUCGUGCUAUAGAUAUAUACUUGAAGUCUCACCCGUGGCUAGCUGAGUCAGACAGAGAACAACUGUGCCGGCUGAUGGACUGCCAGAAGCUGUCGCUGGAGGCGUGCACUCAUGCUGCACAGAACGAGAGGUUGCCCCUAAGGAUAGUAGUCCAAGUCCUAUUCUUCGAGCAGCUUCAGCUCAGGACAUCCAUUGCAGGUUGUUUCCUAGUCUCAGAGAAUCUCGAUGGGUCGAGACAGUUGAUGAGGAGUGGGCUAGCAGGAGCAGCAGCAGGUUCAGGGGAAGGAGGAGGAGGAGGCUGGGCUUCAGCAGUGAGAGAGAACCAAGUCUUGAAAGUUGGGAUGGACAACAUGAGAAUGCGGGUAUCAGAGCUCGAGAAAGAAUGCUCCACGAUGAGGCAGGAGAUCGAGAAACUCGGGGGACGCCCCACCAAACCAGCUGUCUCCGCACCUACUUCGUCUUCUUUGAGCGCUUGGGGGAACAUGUCGAAGAAGCUCGGGUUCAGGAUGAAGUCGCAAAUGUGCAGCGCUCAAGAAGGGUCCGUGAGCAACAACCAGACCCCGAGUAAUAGUGGGAGCGGGAAGAUGGAGAAAGCAAAGCAAAGGCGCCCAAAGCACAAGAACAAACUUGCUCCCUGAUGGUGUUAAGGUAACCAACACUCAUUUGUAACUCGAUCUGUUGAUAAUAAAGUCAGUCUAGUGUUGUUGGGGAUCUGACUCUAUCGAUUGUUCGGAGAAGGUGAAAGGGCAAUACCUUUGUCUAGUUGUUCCCUCCUUGACGUUCCUUCCUUCCUCCAUUCUGUCUAAUUUGUAGAUGUUUCGAACUUGUCAGGAAUAUGUAAUGCACUCUUUGUAAUGGUGGUAGUGGAUCGUCGAUGAAUGUUGUUGUAGUUCUCGUAAAGUUGCGGUGGCGUGAAUGAUCUCAUUCAGUACUCGGUAGAGCUCUUCGCUGGAGUUUCUCGCUGCUACGAGCGUUUAGUUGCAGCGCCCAUAUGCACGUGGGAAUGCAUUUUCUUCAGCGUUUGCGUGAAAGUUGCUCUCAAAGCGAUCGCAAUGAAGGUUGUAACUUGUAAGGCAUGACUAAAGAACUGAAACCAAUAAUUCGGAAGUUAAAAAGUAAAUAGAAUGUUGAUCA